GAGCGUCUUCCAAAGAUGGCGGGCGUCACCGAUCCGCUGGAAGAUGUGCUGUAUUCAGCAGUGGACGAGAAAGCCGUCAGUGACCUGGUGGGUUCGUUAGAAUCGCAGUUGGGCUCGCAGAACAAAACGGAGAGCGAGGGGCGCAGAGCUGGGGUUCCGCAGACCGGCAGCACUAGCAGCAGCGGCAGCAGUAAGUUGGUGAAAGCGCAGGCGGUGGAAGCGGGAAGCGAGAACGGGGCACAGAGGGCACCAUCCAUCAACAACUCCUUACCUGUACCAGUCAGCGCAGUGGGCAUCAUGACUACCACCCGGAUGCAGCCCAACGUUACCAUAGUACCAAAGCCGGUGGCUCCGGGGCACGCAACUUCUCCCAACUGUUCAAGUGACGCAGCAGUAGUGGCAUCAUCAUUAACUGCUGAUGCCCUUUCUAACACCAAUCACUUAGGAGCAUCUACACGAGCUGGUGAGAAUGGCAGUGGCGCCACUCAACCUGCCAGCACUCCUCUACCAGGAUUGCAGGGUAGUGUGAAUGGUGCUGGCAUUGGCACCACUUCCAAUGGCACAAACUCUCCUUUUCCUUCUGUCCAGUCUAAUCAUGUACUAUCCCAACCUGCAUGCCCUUCUCCAGUUCCUACUCUCGCCCUGCACCGGCCUCCACCCAGCGCUCCUGACCCCAAACUGCCUGUCCAGACUGCACCUAUUACCACAAAUCCAGGUUUGAUCAGACCCAUCCCCGCUCCCCAAACCUCCCAGAUCAAAACCAUUGUCCCGAACCAGCUCGCUGGUACCUCUGUGGCUGUGCGUUCCCCUCUACUUAAACCAGUUGCCCCACACAUGCCCACGAGUGCCUCAGGUACCACGCUUCCAGUAGCAAGCACGGCGUCCGUUCUGGUCAAGCCAGAUGCAGGCCAGGCUGCAGGCAUAUUGAGACCGGCGACUCCAGUUCCAGCGCCAAGCUUGGUGCGACCCGGGGUUGCUGCAGCACCAGCGCCUAGGGCUGUAGCCCCUCAGGUCAUGGUCAGACCCCAACAACAGACCACCAUUCAGUUACCACCGGGAUUCACCAUUCCACAGGGCAUGGUGUUGGUCCGAACAGAAACCGGUCAGCUGGUGCUGGUUCCUCAACAGGUUUUGGCCCAGGCUAAAGCUCAGACUAAAGCGGCUUUGUCUCCUACACCUGCACCCUCACCGACCACCACAGCUGGAGCCACGUUCAGGGUCACAACUUCUGUACAGCCAUCGCCUGUAACUUCACAAGCCAUCCGGCCAAUUCCCCCUGCCCAGGCAAAAGUGGUACAGGCAGCAACCCCUAUCAGCCCUGCUCCACAGAGCCCAGUGGUGACGGUGAGUACUACUCCGAAGCCCAGCGCCCCCACUGUUAUCACAACUGGAGCUCGGAUCCAGACUCCUCAGACGCUCGUGAAACCCGGAUGCACAGUUUCAGCACCCGCUGCUCCUACGGCAGGAGUCCCUGGUCUCUCUCAGGAAAUGCAAGAGAAUGUGAAAAAGUGCAAGAACUUCCUAGCUACGUUAAUUAAACUGGCGUCCCAUAACUCUCCCUCUCCAGAGACGUCACGGAACGUGAAGGCACUUGUGCAGGAUCUGCUGGAUGCCAAAAUCGAGCCUGAGGAAUUUACGAAUCGCCUGCAAACAGAGCUAAAGUCAUCUCCUCAACCCUACCUCAUCCCCUUUUUAAAGAAAAGUCUACCUGCUCUGCGCAUAACCCUGUUGAACUCUCAGCAGUCUCUAACUCAGCUUGCCCAAGCCUCUGUACCCCCAAGCCCGCUGACUGUAAACGCCAUUAAAGCUCCACCUCCUCGCUCCCUGGCACCCACUGUCCGACCCACCAUCACACCAGACAAUGCUGCCACGGCGAUUAAGAGGCCAGGAGUGCAGCCUGUUCCCGUACGGAUGCCCGUAGUGAUCACCCAGACCAUCCGGCCUCAAGGCACAGUGGUAAGAGGACCAGCAGUACCAGUGGGUGUUGCUUUGCAAGCAUCAGCCAAUCAGAAACAGAAGUUGAAUGAUCCGGGAGGUGGAACUUUCAGAGAUGAUGACGACAUUAACGACGUGGCAUCCAUGGCGGGCGUGAACCUGAACGAAGAAAACGCCCGUAUAUUAGCCACAGGCUCUGAGCUGGUGGGCACACAAAUCCGCUCCUGCAAAGAUGAGUCAUUUCUGCCAGCUAAUCUUCUCCACAAGCGCAUCCUUGAGAUCGCACGAAAGUUUGGAGUGAGUGAUGUGAUGGGGGACGUGGUGAGUCUGGUGUCCCAUGCUACGGAAAACAGGUUGCGCUCCAUGCUGGAGAAUGUUUCAGCUCUCGCAAGACAUCGAACAGAAGCCUGCAAGGAUGAGGAGCAGCACGAGCAGUCGUCUGAUGUAAGAACGCAGCUGAAGUUCUUCGAGCAGCUGGAGAGGAUGGAGAAACAGCGUAAGGAUGAUGAAGAAAGGGAGAUCCUGCUCAAAGUGGCCAAAAGUCGUUCCAGGCAAGAAGACCCUGAGCAGGCUCGGCUAAAGCAGAAAGCUAAAGAGAUGCAGCAGCAAGAACUGGCUCAGAUCAGACAGCGUGAUGCUAAUCUAACCGCCCUCGCCGCUAUAGGACCACGCAAAAAACGCAAACUGGACUCUCCUGGUGCUUCUGGAGCAGAGGCAUCUGGAAGCUCUUCGGGCACGGCGGGUGCCUCAUCGUCCUCCUCGUCUCGGCAGGUGAGGCAGCGGAUCACGCGGGUGAACCUCAGGGACUUGAUUUUCUGCCUGGAGCAGGAACGAUCCACAUCCCGCUCACUGCUUCUCUACAAGGCUCUGCUCAAAUAAAACCUCUGCCAGGCUGGAACUGCACCUCCAUCUCUUCUCUUCCUCUCUCCAUGCUUCUGUCUCUGGCCUCGACCCCAACUCCCCCCUUAUCGUUUGAUCCGCGAGGUCCUUCACUUCUGAACCACUUCCCACAUGCCUCAUGCAUCUUUCUGUGUGCCUUCAGGCGAAGCUGGGACGUAAUCACUGAUCCUGUCUUUGCUUUAAGACGAAUGUGUGAGGUUCAUGCUCCUAACACACCGCUAUAUUCAGGAAGUGAAUGAAAGCCAUGAAGAAAGAGUCAUGUGGGGAUGAUAGCAGCUUUUCUGUUCCCUCUUACCUUUUAUUGCAGUUGGCCUUUGGUACAGGAGUCUGCGUAUAGGAGAAUUAGAUUUUUUUAUGUGAUAUUUGUAUCUAUUAUGAUUUUACAUUCAAGUUUAAAUCUCUGCUUGGUUUAUCAGUUUUUAACUUAAAUGCCUCCUUUGCAAUAUGGACACUGGAAGUGUGAAUGUAUAGUUUUUUUUUUUUUUUAGCAGUCUAACAAAUUCUUAAAUAUUUUAAUAACUUAUGACCUUUUUUACCUCCAACACAUACAGACAUGAUUUGUUUAGAUCUAAACUGAUCUUACUUUAUGAUUAUGCAAAAUGAAGGAUCUCUGCUGUCCUUUGUUCAUAUCAGAUGCCGUUUUUGUAAUUCAGAGACAGUAUUUUGUCACGCUCCUGUGUGUGUGUGUGUGUAUGAGAGGGAGAGCGAGAGAGAUGGACAGUGCGAGUGCGUAAAAGAGUGUGUUUGAGAGAGAGAUUGAGAGAGCAAGUGUGUGUGUAAGAGAGAGAGAGAGAUGGACAGCGCGAGUGUGUGAAAGUGUGUUUGAGAGAGCAAGUGUGUGUGAAAGAGAAAUUAAAAGAAUAAAUGUGAGCGUGUGUAUGUGUGUGAGAGAAAUAGUGUGUGUGUAGGAGAGAGAAAUUGUGAGUGAGUUUGAGAGAGAAAUUAAGAGAAAAAGUCUGUCUGUGUUAGAGAAAUUGUAAGUAUGUGUGUGUGAGAGAGAGAAGUGUGUGUGUGUGUGUGUGUGAGAGGGAGAGAGAUUGUGAGUGUGUGUGAGAGAGAAAUUUAAAGUGUGUGAGAGAGAUAUAGUGUGUGUGUGAGAGAACAUGUGUGUGUGUGAGAGAAAUUGAGAAAGUGUGAGAGAGAGAUAUAAAUAUAUUGUGUGUAUGUGUGUGUACGUGCACAUGUGAGUGUGUGUAUAUGAGAGAAAUAUAGUGUGUAUGUGCACUAGUAAGUGUGUGUAUGUGAGAGAAAUUGAGCAAGUGUGUGUGUGAGAGAUAUUGUGUGUGUGUGUAUGCAAGAGAAGUUAAGAGUGUGUGUGUGUAUGCAAGAGAAGUUAAGUGUGUGUGUGUGUAUGCAAGAGAAGUUAAGUGUGUGUGUGUGUAUGCAAGAGAAGUUAAGUGUGUGUGUGUGAGUAAUUGAGACAGUAAGUGUGAGAGUGUGUAUGUAUGUGUGUGAGAGAGUGAGUGUAUGAGUGUGUGUGUGUGGGGUGUUGGAUAAACAUGCUGUGAAGAGUCAGGAUGCAGAAAAGUGGCACGGUGCCAUCUGUAAUGAGAGGGCAGCCAGAAUUUCAUUCAAAUGAAAUUCAAACGAGGUUUGAGGUAAAAAAAAAAAAAAAAAAAAAAAAAAAGCUCAUCAGUUUUUACUCAUCAAUAAACUGUAUUUAAAGUUCACAGCAGAUCAAAGCCGAUAAAUAAGAUCAAACAUUUCUGUCUUCAGCGUUGUACUAAAGUGGUAGAGUGAUUGACUAGAUCUGUAGGCCUGUCACAAUAACAUUUCAGCUGAAUAUUAUCAUACUUAUAAUUUAGAUUAAUCAUUAAAUUGGCUUUUUUUACUGUAUAUUGUUUUAUAAUAAAAGCAUAACUGUGAUGUCAUAAAGCACAUUUACUGAACAGGGUAAUAUAAAUUAUUAAUGCUACCUAAUAUUAGAGACGUCCUGAUCCGAUAGCAGAGAUGCUGUAAUGCUUAAAAACCAACGGUUAAUUACCACCACUAAUUACUGUUAGUGUAGUUUUAAAGAUGUUAUUUAUGGUUUCUGUUGUUACGUUAUUAACCCAUUAAACUAAAAUGUAGGGAACUAGUUCAGCUCCAAUAAGGAACUAGGACUAGCUCAAUAAAAUAAAAAAUAAUAAUUUAAAGUACUGUGAUUAACUUGUAUUAUUUUUCAUGCUGCAGUGCUCAGUGCCUGCACACACGUGAAUGUAAUUCUCGUCACUGACUGUUUUGCCCAUUUCAACCUCCCAAAAAUAUGCAGUUAAUAGAUGUGGAUCAUGAUCUUAACAAGGAUAAAAUGUGCAACCAAGAAUUUAAGAAAGUCAUAAAAAUGAUUCUUGUUCUCAUUUCCAGUAGGAAAGGUCCGGUCAGCUUGUGGUUGUGCACAGUUAGCUUAAUUUGUUGAUGUACAGGUGGAAAAACACAGGCGCGUUUACAUUUACAGCAUUUACGCACUUUUAUCCAAAGUGACUUACAAAUGUCACCGAAACAAUGCAAGCAGUUUUUAAUUUAAUAAGGGCCUUGCUUAGUGGCCCAACAUUGGCAGCUUGGCGUUAGGUGGUGCUUGUACCAGUGACCUUCCCUAAUCACUGAUCUAGUACCUUAACCACAAAGCUGCCACUGCCUUGGUAGGUUGGAUUCCGACUGAUACAACACAGAUCAUCCCAAACUAUCCCAACAAAACGUUGUUUGUAUAACCAACUUCCCUGCUGAGGAUUACUGUGAGGCUUUAGUGUCUGAUCAGAGCUCUGGGAGAAUUGGAACACAAUGAAUAAAUAGGAAAUCAAAAGAAGGACGUCAGUACUAAAUAAUACUUGAGCCGCUUGCACAUUAUUAAUAGAUCAAAACUACAGACAGCAAAAUCAUUUCUAUAAAUUUUUUCAUUAUUAAAUAAAAUCUGUUGCUCAAAUAAUGAUACCAAUUGUGACAGGCCUUGAUCUCAGUAAUACAUCAGUAUAAAUAAAUGAAUUUUAAAAUGAAUAAAUUUGAGAACAUUUAUGAUUUUUAAGGACAUGAAUUGACUGUUUUGUGAACUUUUUUUAAUCUGUUCAUUAUUCUAUCUGAUCCCAACCUGAAAUUCCCUGUUUUUCUCUGAAGUGAGGCUGGUUUUGUUGAAUGACAGACCAGCACACAAUCAAGUGUUGCUGAUUAGAGGGUCAGGGUUUGAUUAUUUUAUAUGUUGUAUUGUCUACAAAGACCAUAUAUCUAUUAUAAACGCUAUAUUUUUUUGCAAAAUUGAGCAAUUUUUAAAUGUUUGGCUGGUUUGAAAAAAGUGUUCAUCUCUAUGAUAUUUGUACUAUUUUGUAAAAGAAUAAAGUU